AUGAAACUCUACAACGUCCUCAGCAUUGGGCUUAUUGCUGCUGCCGCAGUCAAUGCAUAUACCUUCGAGAGACUCGAGAAGAACAACACGGUGCUUCUUGUAGUCGACCACCAGGUUGGCUUGACCCAGCUGGUCAGAGACUUCACCCCAACCGAGUUCAGGAACAAUGUCCUUGCCCACGCUGCAUUGGGGAAUUUGUUCAGUUUGCCGACCAUUUUGACGACAUCUGCUGAGACAGGCCCAAAUGGCCCCUUGCCCAGGGAAAUCAUUGAGAUGCAUCCUCGGGCGCCAUAUAUCCGAAGGAAUGGUGAGGUAAACGCCUGGGACAAUCCGGAAUUCAGAGCAGCAGUCGAAGCAACGGGCAAACAGCAGGUGGUCCUCGCUGGCAUUGUGACCGAAGUUUGUACCGCAUUCCUCGCGCUAUCACUUAGAGAAGCUGGCUAUUCUGUCUGGGCCAAUACUGACGCAAGCGGAACAUUCACGCCGAUACUGGCGGAGGAUGCGAACAGACGCAUGGAGCAAGCUGGAGUACAUUUGAUGGGAAUGUUCGCAAUAGCCAUGGAUCUCAUGAGAGACUGGAGGAAUACUCCAGGCACAGCGGAGGUUCUACCUUUCUUGGAUCAGUAUUUACCCGCAUAUGGGGUCACUGCACGAGCCCAUGGAGGAGCCGUCGAAAAUGGAACCCUUGUUCCAGGAGAAGCUGAACUGAUUUGA